CGGGCUGCGGGCUGCGGGCGGGGCGGGGUGGGGCCGCGGCGCGGGCAGCAGCGCCCCCCGGCCGGCGGGCCCCGCAGGCCGCCCCCGCAGGCCGCCGCGGCCCCAUGCUGCUGCCCCUGGCCUGCCUGCACGGCCGCGUCGCGCAGUGCCUGACCUCGCUCCUGGUGCUUGCAGAGCCGCGGACCAAGCCCCGGCGCGGCGCCAGGGUGCGCGGCGCGGCGCCUCCCAGCGCUGAGGCCGCCCCCGCCGCGCCGCCCGCGAAGAUGGCCGCGGAGCUGUACGCCCCCGCCGGCGCCGCGGCUGCCGCCACCGACCUGGCCAACAGCAACGCCGCCAGCGCCGCGGCCAGCGCCGCGGCGGGCAGGAAGGCCGGCCCGCGCUGCCCGCCCAGCGCGCCGCCCCCGGCCCCGCCGCCGCCCGCCCCCGCGCCGCCCGCGCCCAACAACAACAACUUGGAGAGCCCCCACUGGCAGUCCUUCCACCCGACGCUGCGCGAGAGGAACGCGCUCAUGUUCAACAACGAGCUCAUGGCCGACGUCCACUUCAUCGUGGGGCCGCUGGGGGCGGCCAGGAGGGUGCCUGCCCACAAGUACGUGCUGGCCGUCGGCAGCUCCGUCUUCUAUGCCAUGUUCUACGGGGACCUGGCGGAAGUCAAGUCGGAGAUCCACAUCCCGGACGUGGAGCCCGCCGCCUUCCUCAUCCUGCUCAAGUACUUGUACAGCGACGAGAUCGAGCUCGAGGCCGACACGGUGCUGGCCACGCUGUACGCCGCCAAGAAGUACAUUGUCCCCGCGCUGGCCAAGGCCUGCGUCACCUUUCUGGAGACGAGUCUGGAAGCCAAGAAUGCCUGCGUCCUGCUGUCCCAGAGCCGGCUGUUUGAGGAGCCUGAGCUGACCCAGCGCUGCUGGGAGGUCAUCGACGCGCAGGCCGAGAUGGCCCUGCGCUCCGAGGGCUUCUGCGAGAUCGACCGGCAGACGCUGGAGGUCGUGGUCAGCCGGGAGGCCCUCAACACCAAGGAGGCCGUGGUGUUCCAGGCCGUCCUGGGCUGGGCUGAGGCCGAGUGCAAGAGGCAGGGCCUGCCCGCGACCCCCCUCAACAAGAGGCACGUGCUGGGGCGCGUCCUCUACCUGGUCCGCAUCCCAACCAUGACCCUGGAGGAGUUUGCCAACGGCGCCGCCCAGUCGGACAUCCUGACGCUGGAGGAGACCCACGACAUCUUCCUGUGGUACACGGCGGCCAACAAGCCCCUCCUGGACUUCCCCUUGGCCAAACGGAAGGGCCUCACCCCCCAGAGGUGCCACCGCUUCCAGUCCUCAGCCUACCGCAGCAACCAGUGGCGGUACCGCGGACGCUGCGACAGCAUCCAGUUUGCUGUGGACAGGCGGGUGUUCAUCGCCGGGCUGGGCCUGUACGGGUCCAGCUCGGGGAAGGCCGAGUACAGCGUCAAAAUCGAACUCAAGCGGCUGGGCAUGGUCCUGGCUCAGAACCUGACCAAGUUUGUGUCUGAUGGGUCCAGCAACACCUUCUCGGUCUGGUUCGAGCACCCAGUCCAGGUUGAACAGGACACCUUCUACACGGCCAGCGCUGUGCUGGACGGGAGCGAGCUCAGCUACUUUGGACAGGAGGGGAUGACGGAGGUGCAGUGUGGGAAGGUGACCUUCCAGUUCCAGUGCUCCUCAGACAGCACCAAUGGGACUGGGGUCCAGGGCGGGCAGAUCCCUGAGCUCAUCUUCUACGCCUGAGCUGCUGUGAGGGGCCCCUCCUGCCAGCAGGGGGCGGGGGCGGGGGCGAGACCCCACUGGCUGCCCGAGGACACCAUUAAAGGCUUCACUCACUUUGCGUCACCCCCACUCUGAGACGGAACCUUGCUACAAAGCUAGAGCCCAGGUACCGGUCUGAGGUGUCUCCUGGUGGCUGGGGUGCGUGUCUCAGCCAGAGGGCAGAUCUGGGACCCAGGGCAGGCCCCAGGUCCCUCCCCCGCACCUGUGCCUCCUGCUUUGGAGAGCGCCUUCACCCCUCCCACCCAGUCGGAUUCUGAGCGGUCCCAAGCUUAAGGUGAGACCUUCCCUUCUAAAUCAGUGAAGUCACGGUUCACCUACGUGAGUGGGUUUUCUUAAUAAAGGUUUCAUAAGACGA